CACACACACGGGUCAUAGCGUUCAAAGGUUCGCCUUGCUUCCAUCCCAUCUCGAUCCAUCCUCAUCCUUGGUCCUCGCCCUCAUCAUCGUCGUGAUCGUCGAGUAAGAGAUGAAGUCGCACAUCGCAAUCGCCCUCUCUGCGGCAGCCGCCGUAUCGGCGCAGGCUACCGAGCACGUUGAGCGCAAGCCUUUCGUUCCCACGACGGUCAAGGCGCCAUUCAUCGAGCAGUUCCAAGAGGGAUGGGACACCCGAUGGACUGCGUCUCAGGCGACAAAAGAGCAGACUGGGGGUGAGGUCUUCUCCUACGUCGGCAAGUGGUCCGUAGAAGAGCCGACUGUCUUCCCUGGUCUCCUUGGCGACACCGGACUCGUCGCCAAGUCCAAGGCCGCGCAGCAUGCCAUCUCUGCCCAAUUCCCCGAGGUCAUCAAGACCGAUGGCAAGCCACUCGUCGUUCAAUACGAGACGAAGCUGCAGAACGGCCUCUCGUGUGGUGGAGCUUACCUCAAGCUCCUCACCGAGUCGCCAGAAGGUAUUCAGGCAAAGGAGUUCUCGGACAAGACGCCCUACACCAUCAUGUUCGGCCCUGACAAGUGCGGCCAGACGAACAAGGUCCACUUCAUCUUCCGCCACAAGAACCCCGUCAACGGCGUCAUCGAAGAGAAGCACCUGACCGACACGCCGUACCCUAAGCUGGCAAAGGUCUCGACCCUCUACACCCUCGUUGUCGAGCCUGACAAUAGCUUCGAGAUCCUCAUCAACAACCAGUCGCGCAAGAACGGCACCCUCUUCGAGCAAUUCAACCCUAGCGUCAACCCGCCCAAGGAGAUUGAGGACCCCAAGGACUCGAAGCCCGCCGACUGGGUCGACGAGUCGCGCAUCGCAGACCCCGCUGCUACCAAGCCCGAGGACUGGGAUGAGGACGCUCCCUUUGAGAUCCCCGACGAGGAGGCCGAGAAGCCCGAAGGCUGGCUCGAGAAUGAGCCUCUUCAGAUCCCUGACCCAGAUGCCAAGAAGCCCGCUGAGUGGGAUGACGAAGAGGACGGCGAGUGGCAACCUCCCGUCGUCCCCAACCCCAAGUGCGAGGACGCCCCCGGCUGCGGCCCCUGGGUCCGCCCCCUGAAGCGCAACCCUGACUACAAAGGCAAGUGGACCGCUCCUAUGAUCGAUAACCCUGCCUACAAGGGCCCUUGGGAGCCGCGCAAGAUUCCCAACCCGCACUACUUUGAGGACAAGCACCCCUCGCACUUCUCGCCCAUGGGCGGCAUCGGCUUUGAGAUCUGGACGAUGGACGAGGACAUCCUCUUCGACAAUGUCUACGUCGGCCACUCGCGCGAGGAGGCAAAGAAGCUGAGCGAGGAGAGCUUCGAGCUCAAGUUGCCGAUCGAGCAGAACCGCGAAGAGAAGGCAGAUGCCGAGGAGAAGGCUAGUAAGGCGGCCGAGGAGGCAAAAGCUGCCAAGGCCGCUGCUGGAUCAUUGCUCACCCGUGUCCGCUCUGAAAUCGACGUCUUUAUCGCUGCCGCCAAGCGCGACCCGGUCAACGCCAUCAAGAGCCAGCCUCAAGUCGCCGCAGGUCUCGGUGCAGGUGUGACGGCCAUGUUCGGUCUCUUGGGUCUUCUCUCGGGUCUCAUGGGCGGCGCUGCGGGCAAGAAUGUGGCUGCGUCUGCCAGCCAGAGCAAGAAGAAGGAGGAGGCUGCUAAGUUGGUCGAGCGCAAGGCUCAGAGCUCGGCUGUCAAGGAGAAGUCGAGCGAGACGGUCGGCAAGAGGAGCAAAAAGACUGUUGUGGCCGAGGAUGACGAGUAAUUGAUUAGGAGCAUUGGUGGAAAGGUGCGGUCAGGCGAGACACAGCUUCGCACGAGCAUACGCUAGUGGGCCAGGCUCCUUGGAAGAGGCACGGCAACGGAGGAGAAAUGCGGGGCUAGGCAGAGGAGGUCAGUGGUGGUGAUGGCCUGACUGGAAGCACAAUUUCUUUUCUCUCCAUUGUCCAAAAAGCAUAUCUGCUAUUCUGUGUGCUUGUCACGUCG